UGUGUGCAGGUGUGUCCGUGAUGGACAGCAGCGGCGAGCAGCUGGCGGGAGGCGAGGACGAGGCGGCCGGCACCUCGGCCUCCGAGGGUCUGGAGGAGGGCGAGGUGGAGGGGGAGACCCUCCUCAUCGUGGAGUCGGAGGAUCAGGGCUCGGUGGAUCUGUCCCACGACCAGAGCGGGGACUCUCUGACCAGCGACCUGGGGGAGGAGGCGGACGGGGGCUGGGCCUGCGAGGACAUGUCCUUCUACUGCGACCGCUGCCACAAGUGGGUCCCUGCAGCUCAGCUCAGAGGGGAGCAGCCCAGUUACCUGAAAGGAGACAACUUCUUUAAAUUCAUCUGCUCUGACUGCUCCGAGGACGGAAAGGAGACCUUCGAGAGGAUGAGACUCACCUGGCAGCAGGUACAACAUGAGUCAGGAGAGAUUCACCUGGCAGCAGGUACAACAUUAGUCAGGAGAGAUUCACCUGGGUCAGUUGAGACUCAACUGGCAGCAG